UCUUCACUCCAUCACAUAAAGCGCGCGCCUGAACAUCACACACAGUCCGGCGAUGUUUUUGCGCCACUGCGUGAUUUUUGGACUAUAACACUAAAGUUUGGCUUCUGGAGCACUGGUUCCCGUCCUCUUCUUCAAAGCUAUUUUGAUGUUACCUACAGAAAUCUCAGGAGGAGUGUGUUUCAGCGCUAGUCAGCACUCCAAAGAAGGAAGAAACGGAAUGAAAACAGAAGAAAACCAAUCAUGUCUUCAGCAGGCCCCCUCCACCACACCUUACGAGCAUGUGGGAGCAGGUGAGGUGUGUGCAGGGUGCGAGUCUCCCAUCGCGGACCGCUUCCUCCUGCGCGUCAAUGAACUGUCCUGGCAUGAGACGUGUGUCAAGUGUGCAGUGUGUCGCAGCGCGCUGAGCGGGACCUGCUACUGUCGGGAUCGCUUGCUGUACUGCAAGCAUGAUUACGAGAAGUUGUUUGUGCGGAAGUGCAGCGCCUGUCUGCAGGCGAUUGGCCGCUCGGAGCUCAUCAUGCGUGUGCUGGGACAGGUGUACCACCUGGGCUGCUUCAGCUGCUGCGAGUGUGAGCGCCGGCUGCAGAGAGGUGAUGAGUUUGUGCUAAAGGAGGGACAGCUGCUCUGUCGGGGAGACUAUGAGAAAGAGAGAGAGAUGCUGGCAGCCAUCAGCCCGGCCCCUACCGAGUCAGUAAAGAGUGAGGAUGAGGAUGGUGGCGGUGUCUCUGUUGGUGGGAAGGCUGGGGAUGAUGGGAAGGAGCACAAGAGAUCCAAGAGACCACGUACCAUCCUGACCACACAACAGCGGCGCGCCUUCAAGGCUUCCUUCGAGGUGUCUUCCAAACCCUGCCGAAAGGUCAGAGAAACUCUUGCAGCUGAGACUGGACUGACGGUGAGAGUCGUGCAGGUGUGGUUCCAAAACCAGAGAGCAAAGAUAAAGAAGAUCGCUCGCAGACAGCAGCAGCAGCAGCAGCAGCAGCAAGAACAGGAGCAGAUGGGCGGGACCAGGAGGGGUCCGAGCAGGGGGGGGCGCCAGAGUAACGAUGACAGCGAGGAUGGCUCCAGCAGUCAUGGACUGGACGGACUGCUCUCAUAUUCCUCUCUGCCACGCCAACAACUGCUGGCUUUGGAUCCCAACAUAUACGGUAGCGAGCAGUUCCGGCACGGGCUCACGCCACCACAGCUAGGCCCCGAGCAGAUGCACUCCUAUGACUCGGUUUUCCAUGACUUGGACAGUGAUGGAAGCCUCAGUCAUCUUGGAGACUGUCUCUUGUCGACCGCCGACGGUGGAGUUCUGGCAGGGCGGAUAGGAAACCCCAUCGAUCGCCUCUACUCCAUGCAAAACUCCUACUUUACCUCAUGACCCUGGUUCCAUGUGCUCCUCCACCGCUGCAGGGGGCCACACAGAGAUUGAGUCUCACUGCAGGCGUCUUUCAUCAUCAAAACUAAUUGAAUCCCUCAAUCGUAUCUUAGUCAUGCCAGUAAAGCCCUUACCUACCAAACCAAGACAGGAUCACACCCUGAAGAUUAAAUUUAACACUUGAAAAAGGCGGGUUUUAACAAGUGGCUAAAUGAGACAACUGGGUCCAAAUAGUUGCUUUAAUAGCCUCAAUGAGUUUAUAAUCACUAACUUUUAGGGAAAUUGUUUUUUUUUUCAUAAAAAGUGUGCUCAUUUGUGAAGAUUAUCAUUAUGAUCAACAUGUAUGAUCCAUAUACUUUUGUUGAUCAUGGAGCUUAUUUUCUGCAAUUAAGAAUAUCUUUUUUUUUUUUUUUUUUUUUUUUUUAAGGAACCAGGGUGAUGCAAUUUCCCUGGAUUUCCCUGCAAAUCAUCACUGCAGCUCUGGGACAGAGGUUCUGUCCACUGUGGUUGUGAACACCCCUACAAAUGGCUGUCCCCUCAGAUAAUACAGUUUGUAAGGAUAAAGGGGUGAUUUCAGACACAGCCCAAGUCAGUUUCACAAGUCAUAUCACUCUCUCCUUUCCUUGCCAUCUUUAUGUCCGUCUUGAAUAGGAAUCAGCUUUUGUUUAAACCUAACAUGAAAACCAAAAAAUUCUAGCAUGGUGCGAAGUCAAAUGUACAUUAGUAUUUAUUGUAAAGAAACAAUGUUUAUUAAAGGUGCACUCAGUUUUUGUAUGUUGAGCUGACCUAUAUAGCAGAUGCUUUGGACUCACGCUGACACCUACUGGUGUGGAUGUAGCAUCACUCAAACACAAAAGCAAGGUUGUUAUAUUAAAUUAAAACUAAAGCAUAAAAAAAAGGUUUUCAUUACUUUAAAUAAAUACAUGUUUAUUGGAUUUUAUUUUUAUGUUUUUUUUUUCCUCCAUGUAGUUGCCAAGCCAACAUUUCUCAUUUUCAUUUACUUUAACUUGAUGUACUAAAAUAGCUAAAACAAAUGAAAGUUAAUUAUAUAGACAUAAACUAAUAAAAGUGUGGGGGGGGGGCACACAACUAAAUUACUACAACUUUAACUAAAAUGAAAAAUACAAAUUUUAACAUAGCUUUUUUUUAUUUCAUGUUGAUGUAUAUUAGUACAUAAUAUUUUUCAAAAGCACUAUUGUUUUUUUCUUAUGUGUAUAUCUUUAAAUUAGAAAAAAAAAAUCACGAGUGCACCUUUAACACUAAUUAUACUUUAAUUUUUCUUUUUAAAAAUCAAGAUUAAUAACAGCUAGUGCAGUAUUAGCUUUGAUUACAUUAAAUUUGGUAGGUUUUUAACUAUUGUCAGUUUCUCAGACAGGGUCUUAGUGUUUUUUUGUCUUCGAGCCGCCUUAACUGUGCUUUACACAAUUCAAGAGACAAAAUAUUCAACAGAAAAUAAGACGACAAAAUAAUGAAACUUCAAAGCUGAAGUAGAUCUCUCAAAGAAAAUAUUAUGAGGGAGUCUUGGCAGGGUUCACGGAGCGAAGGAGUCACACAUACCACAGUGGCUCAGUCAACACUACCAAAACUCACAGACUAUUAAAUCCAAGCUACAUUCGACAAGUAUGGAAAUUAUAUUGCCAUUUAAUAUUUCAUAACAAAAAAAAUUAUUCUUAUUUCAGGUUUUGGACACAGGGUAUAUUUCCUCUGAUAAAAAGUGAGACUUUUUUUCUGCAGCAACAUUGCUCCGCAUUGACUCUAGGUUUUAGAUGAUUAUGGCGUAAAGUGUAGCAAUGCGCUCUAAUCUCCAAACUGAGACGACUCUAUGAAGAAGAAAUAAUCAGGGUUAUUGCUGUUACAGGGUUAGUUAGACUUUCAUUUACAGGGUUGAUAAAAAUAUGACAUCUAUCGCUUUAGUACUGACAAGAAAAAUAGCACGAAGUAUUAAAAAUCCCCCCCUUAAAUGUAACAGGACGUGUACACUUGGCAAGGUGUUGCUAACUGUGCUUUAUUGUAAUAUACUGAAUGUGUUGGUCACAUGACUAUUGUUGUAAUUAGCAUUAUCGAUACACGUGUAGUUAUUUACUUCACUUCUUUUAACUUAUGUUCUCGUUGGCUAUUUUUAACAGCAACAAUAGCAUUGGAAUAUUUAUGUUGCAGCAUGAGACACUGUUUAUGUGAAAUGUAUUAUUUAUAUUGAAGAACGUCCAGCAGACUCGCAUCAAUGCUGAUGAAAACCUUCAGAAUCCUGACAAACUGAAAUAGAAGUAGUUUUUAGUACACUGGACAUGAGUUGCUGGUAAAUCAAGUGUGCAGCUGACGGGUUUCGUGAUACUGGUCUGUUUCAUUUAGUGUGGUGUAAUAUUUCUUUAAAGGACUGUGGUGAUGACAGCUGUUGAAGGGGAGAUGAAUGGGACGUCUUUCUGUUUCCUUUAGUGUGAUCACUUACAGUGAAUGUGUUUUUUGCGUACGGUGUUCUUGGUUUUCAAAUAUAACUUGUCAUUUCAAACACUGA